GGAGGAGAGCUGGAAGCCAGAGCUGGAACUGGAGCCCUAGCCCUAGCCGGAGCCGGGCACUGGGAGGCGGCCGCCGGACCCAUCAGCCCUGCAUGAUGUGUCUCCCGCUCUUCUGCAUCCUGCUCGCCGCGGUCUCAGGAGCCCGGGGCUGGGGCUACUACGGCUGUGACGAGGAGCUGGUCGGGCCCCUGUACGCACGCUCCCUGGGCGCCUCCUCCUACUACGGGCUCUUCACAGCUCCGCGCUUUGCCCGGCUGCAUGGUAUAAGUGGAUGGUCUCCCCGGAUUGGGGACCCGAAUCCCUGGCUCCAGAUAGAUUUAAUGAAGAAGCACCGGAUCCGGGCCGUGGCCACCCAGGGCUCCUUUAACUCGUGGGACUGGGUCACACGGUACAUGCUGCUCUAUGGCGACCGAGUGGACAGCUGGACGCCGUUCUACCAGCGAGGGCACAAUGCGACCUUCUUCGGGAACGUGAACGAGUCGGCGGUGGUGCGCCACGACCUGCACUACCACUUCACGGCGCGCUACAUCCGCAUCGUGCCCUUGGCUUGGAACCCGCGCGGCAAGAUCGGCCUGAGGCUCGGCCUCUACGGCUGCCCCUACAAGUCCGACGUGCUCUAUUUCGACGGCGAUGAUGCCAUUUCGUACCGCUUCCCGCGAGGGGUCAGCCGGAGCCUGUGGGACGUGUUUGCCUUCAGCUUCAAGACAGAAGAGAAGGACGGGCUCCUGCUGCACGCCGAGGGCGUCCAGGGCGACUACGUGACGCUAGAGCUGCAGGGGGCGCACUUGCUGCUGCACAUGAGCCUGGGCAGCAGUCCCAUCCAGCCAAGGCCCGGUCACACAACGGUGAGCGCUGGCGGCGUCCUCAACGACCAGCACUGGCAUUACGUGCGUGUAGACCGAUUUGGCCGCGAAGCAAAUCUCACCCUGGACGGCUACGUGCAGCGCUUCGUGCUCAAUGGCGACUUCGAGAGACUGAACCUGGACACGGAGAUGUUCAUCGGGGGUCUGGUGGGCGCCGCGCAGAAGAACCUUGCCUAUCGGCAUAAUUUCCGCGGCUGCAUGGAAAACGUAAUCUUCAAUCGAGUCAACAUCGCGGACCUGGCCGUGCGGCGCCAUUCACGGAUCACCUUUGAGGGUAAGGUGGCGUUCCGUUGCCUGGAUCCAGUUCCUCACCCCAUCAACUUUGGAGGUCCUCACAACUUCGUGCAAGUGCCUGGCUUCCCCCGCCGCGGCCGCCUCGCAGUCUCCUUUCGCUUCCGCACCUGGGAUCUCACGGGGCUGCUACUUUUCUCCCGCCUGGGGGACGGGCUGGGCCACGUGGAGCUGAUGCUCAGUGAAGGGCAGGUCAACGUGUCCAUCGCGCAGACUGGCCGAAAGAAGCUUCAGUUCGCAGCUGGCUACCGCCUGAAUAAUGGCUUUUGGCACGAGGUGAAUUUUGUGGCACAGGAAAACCACGCAGUCAUCAGCAUUGAUGAUGUGGAGGGGGCAGAGGUCAGGGUCUCAUACCCACUGCUGAUCCGUACAGGGACCUCAUACUUCUUUGGGGGUUGUCCCAAGCCAGCCAGUCGAUGGGGCUGCCACUCCAACCAGACGGCAUUCCAUGGCUGCAUGGAGCUGCUCAAGGUGGAUGGUCAACUGGUCAACCUGACUCUGGUGGAGGGCCGGCGGCUUGGAUACUUUGCUGAGGUCCUCUUUGACACAUGUGGCAUCACUGAUAGGUGCAGCCCUAACAUGUGUGAACAUGAUGGACGCUGCUACCAGUCUUGGGAUGACUUCAUCUGCUAUUGUGAACUGACAGGCUACAAGGGGGAGACCUGCCACCAACCUCUGUAUAAGGAAUCCUGUGAGGCUUAUCGGCUCAGUGGGAAAAUGUCUGGAAACUUCACCAUUGAUCCUGAUGGCAGCGGCCCCCUGAAGCCAUUUGUAGUGUACUGUGAUAUCCGAGAGAACCGGGCAUGGACAGUCGUGCGGCAUGACAGGCUGUGGACAACUCGGGUGACAGGUUCUAGCAUGGAGCGGCCAUUCCUGGGGGCCAUCCAGUACUGGAAUGCAUCCUGGGAGGAAGUCAGUGCCCUGGCCAAUGCUUCCCAGCACUGUGAACAGUGGAUCGAGUUCUCCUGCUACAAUUCCCGGCUGCUCAACACUGCAGGAGGCUACCCCUACAGCUUUUGGAUUGGCCGAAAUGAGGAGCAGCACUUCUACUGGGGAGGCUCACAGCCUGGGAUCCAGCGCUGUGCCUGUGGUCUGGACCGGAGCUGUGUGGACCCCGCCCUGCACUGUAACUGUGAUGCUGACCAGCCCCAGUGGAGAACCGACAAGGGACUGCUGACCUUUGUGGACCAUUUGCCUGUCACUCAGGUGGUGGUGGGGGAUACGAACCGCUCCAGUUCUGAGGCCCAGUUCUUCCUGAGGCCUCUGCGCUGCUAUGGAGAUCGAAAUUCCUGGAACACCAUCUCUUUCCACACUGGGACUGCACUACGCUUUCCCCCAAUCCGUGCCAACCACAGCCUUGAUGUUUCCUUCUACUUCAGGACCUCAGCUCCCUCAGGAGUCUUCCUAGAGAAUAUGGGGGGCCCUUAUUGCCAGUGGCGCCGACCUUACCUGCGGGUGGAACUCAACACAUCCCGGGAUGUGGUCUUCGCCUUCGAUGUGGGGAAUGGAGAUGAGAACCUGACAGUACACUCUGGUGACUUUGAAUUCAACGAUGACGAGUGGCACCUGGUCCGGGCUGAAAUCAAUGUGAAGCAGGCUCGGCUCCGUGUGGAUCACCGGCCCUGGGUGCUGCGGCCUAUGCCCCUGCAGACCUACAUCUGGCUGGAAUACGAUCAGCCCCUCUAUGUUGGAUCUGCAGAGCUUAAGAGGCGCCCCUUUGUGGGUUGCUUGAGGGCUAUGCGUCUGAACGGAGUGACUCUGAACCUGGAAGGCCGUGCCAAUGCCUCUGAGGGUACCUCACCCAACUGCACAGGCCGCUGCGCCCACCCCCGGUUCCCCUGUUUCCAUGGAGGCCGCUGCGUGGAACGCUACAGCUACUACACAUGUGACUGUGACCUCACGGCUUUUGAUGGGCCAUAUUGCAACCACGAUAUUGGUGGUUUCUUUGAGCCUGGCACCUGGAUGCGCUAUAACCUACAGUCAGCGCUGCGCUCCGCAGCCCGGGAGUUCUCCCACAUGCUGAGCCGGCCAGUGCCAGGCUAUGAGCCUGGCUAUAUCCCCGGCUAUGACACUCCUGGCUAUGUGCCUGGCUACCAUGGCCCUGGGUACCGUCUGCCUGACUACCCCCGGCCUGGUCGGCCGGUGCCGGGUUACCGUGGGCCUGUUUACAAUGUCACUGGAGAGGAAGUGUCCUUCAGCUUCAGCACCAACUCUGCCCCUGCUGUCCUCCUCUACGUCAGCUCCUUUGUGCGUGACUACAUGGCCGUGCUCAUCAAGGAAGAUGGGACCCUGCAGCUGCGAUAUCAGCUGGGCACCAGUCCCUAUGUGUACCAACUAACCACCCGACCAGUUACUGACGGCCAGCCCCACAGCGUCAAUAUCACCCGGGUCUACCGCAACCUCUUCAUCCAGGUGGACUACUUCCCGCUGACGGAACAGAAGUUCUCACUGUUGGUGGACAGCCAGCUGGACUCACCCAAGGCCUUGUAUCUAGGGCGUGUUAUGGAGACGGGAGUAAUUGACCCGGAGAUCCAGCGCUACAACACACCAGGUUUCUCAGGCUGCCUCUCUGGUGUUCGAUUCAACAAUGUGGCUCCCCUCAAGACCCACUUCCGAACCCCUCGACCCAUGACCGCUGAACUAGCUGAGGCCCUUCGAGUUCAGGGAGAACUGUCUGAAUCUAACUGCGGAGCUAUGCCACGUCUUUUCUCAGAGGUGCCCCCUGAGCUGGAUCCCUGGUAUCUGCCCCCAGAUUUCCCCUAUUACCAUGAUGAUGGAUGGGUUGCCAUACUUUUAGGCUUUUUGGUGGCCUUCCUGCUGCUGGGGCUGGUGGGAAUGUUGGUGCUCUUUUAUCUGCAAAAUCAUCGCUACAAGGGCUCCUACCAUACCAAUGAGCCCAAGGCUACCCACGAUUAUCACCCUGGCAGCAAACCUCCCCUCCCUACUUCAGUCCCUGCCCAGGCCCUCGCCCCUGUCCCUACAGCAGCUUCCACCCAAGUUCCAGCCCCAGCCCCGGCUCCUGGCCCCCGGGACCAAAACCUACCCCAGAUCCUGGAGGAAUCCAGGUCUGAAUAAAUCAGGAGAAGGGCUUCAAGGACCAAGUCCAUCUCCUCUGAAUUCCCCAAUUCCUUCCUCUCCUCGACCCUGUCAGGGACAUUUGGCUCCUCUUAGCUGGUUCUGCUCAUCCAGAGGAUGCCCCUCCUGCCAAGUUUGGUGGGCAGAGCUACAGAUGGGACCAAAGGGAGUGGCUGAGCCUUACUGCCUAAACCAAUGCCCUGCCCAUCCCCAUUUCCCCAGGCUCCUGCUUGUUUGCCCCAAAGGAGAAGCCUCACGGGGUUGAGAGAGGCCCUUCCUGCCAUCCCUGUCCCAGCUGCUGCCAGGGAUUAACAACAGAGUGCAGGGAGAUUAACUGCCUCCCUUCAAAUAUUCAAUCUCAGCAGGGACAGAUGUGUGGGAUUGCAGGGAUGCACAGGGUAUGGGGGGAGGAGGCUGCUAAAUCAUAUCCCCCAGCCUCCCCCUUGCCCUGCAGAAUGUCUUCCAUCUGCUUCCACUCAGUUGGGGGUUAGGGAAGGCUUCACUGCUGUUCCCCACCCCCCUUCUUUGUUUUUUACAGAGACCGAGAGGCCUCAGUUGAGCACCUUAGUACCUCCGCUGCUUCACGUGCUUUAGCCAAAGCCAUAAAAAACUUGCAACGUAGAGAGAAUAAUGCAGACACACUAACUAGCCUACUCUUCCUCCCUCUUCCAAGAUAUGCAGUAGCCUUGGUACCUGUCCAAAGGCUUGGCCCCUUCUCCAAUGCAUGAGGAGCCCUCUUUCCUCCACCCAGAGAUGCUGCUUCAUUUGCCCAGGAGGUCAUAUUCUUUAUAUGUAUUUUUUGUUGCAAAGUCUCUCUCUAGAGAAACUCUAUAUAUUACUCUAAUUUUUUAAUUAUCAGUUUAUAUAUAAAAGAAAAAAAAUCAAUCGACUGUCCUGUCCUGUGCUGUGCCCAUGGUCUGUAGUUUGCUUCUCCUGUGUUGGAAGUCUCAUGAGGUCUGCUGGUCACUCACCCAGCCUGAUGCAGCCUCCACUCUGAAGCUGUGCUCUCAGACUCAGAGCCAUUCUAAUAAAGCAGAGAGGCAGAGCCCCAGUCUGUGUGUGGUAGCUGGCGUCGUGGUUAGGGGAUAAGUGGGAUGAUUUUAAGGGAACAAAUCCAAGGGCUUGGGAAUUUCUAUAGGGAGCCCUCAGAAUCCUUCUAUCACCUACCAGGAGCCUGAAUGGCUCUUGCCGAACCCUUCACCUCCCCCAACCACAGAUCUCAGAGGACAAGUAGGGAUUAGAAUGCUAAAGCUUCAGCCCAAGCUGCCCCUGUACCACCAUCCCUGGAUCCUCCCAGCCCCAAACCACACAGUACACAACUUGCCAAAAUGGAUUCUACCACUUUAUUCAGAUAAGAGGUCACAAGCCACAGGACUUUAAAGUGCGUGAAAUUCACUGGCAAUAAAGCCACACAUAUACCAGCCUCUCCCCGGUCCCCACCACCUUGCUGCAUCCAUCAUUACAUGUCGGGCCGGGGGAGGGAUAAAGACCCGUCAUUAAAGGUGAGCAACAGCAGGGAAAAAGGUUGGGAAUGCUGGAGGAACAGGAGUAUUAGUGGUCUGAAACUGGGGAAGGAGAGGACUGACCACAGUGAUUCUGCACACUGAGGGAAGGUGGGG